AAAUCAGUGCAACAUACAUUUAAAAGAGUUUCAUCUCUACGUCAGUUAAGACGGUGGGAAGAACAAUUGCAAUCAGGUGGAAAUCGUGUAGAAAAAUUAUCUUACAUCUCCAAAUUUACACAUGGUAAAUUUACUGCUGCUGUUGAAUCAGGAUUCAUGGUUCGUGAUAUUGAUAUAAAAAGAUGGGCUUUGCAAGCUCAGGAAGAAAUAGGAAAUUUACAUCCUAUAUUUAAAGCAUCUCCCAGUUGGGUAGCAAGAUUCAAAAAGUCCCACCGAAUUGUUUCAAGAAAAGUUACGAAGUUUGUCACUAGAAGAACAUUGGAAGAUUCUGUUGAUUUGCAAAAAACAACUGAUGAUUUUUUGAAAGUAGUAAAACCUCUUAUUGAACAGUUUGGAUCUGAAAAUAUUUAUAAUUCAGAUCAAAGUGGUUUCCAAUUGGAAAUUCAUUCUGGAAGAUCAUUGUCUAACGAAGGAGAAAAGAAAACAGAACGUGUCGUGCAGUCUAUAUCAUCAACCACACAUUCAUACACAAUACAAUCAAUAAUAUCGUGUGAUGGCAAAUUGCUGUCACCUUUAUUUAUUGUGUUAAAAGAAGUUCAUGGUAAAUUUGGACCAAGAGUAGAAGAAAACUUGUUUAAACCAAUAAAUGUUAUUGUAAAAGCAUCGAAAUCUGGCAAAAUGACAUCAGAUCAUUUUAAAAUGUGGUUACAAGAAGCUUAUUUUCCAAACAUUGGUUCUAAUAGCGUUCUUCUUAUCGAUUCAUGGACUGGACAUUGCCCUAAUAUCAUUUCGGAUUUAACACCUUCGGGAAAACGUAUUACUACUAUGAUAAUACUAAAAGGCAUUACAGGAAAAAUACAAUCAUUAGAUGUGUAUGGAUUUAGAAUUUGGAAAAAUUUUGCUAAAAGAUUUUCAGAUAUUGUUUUACUAUUGGAAAGCGAUAUAAAUGAAAUAAUAUAA